AUGGAAGAAACGGAGGAAGAAAUGGAGGAAGAAAUGGAGGAAGAAAUGGAGGAAGAAAUGGAGGAAGAAAUGGAGGAAGAAAUGGAGGAAGAAAUGGAGGAAGAAAUGGAGGAAGAAAUGGAGGAAGAAAUGGAGGAAGAAAUGGAGGAAGAAAUGGAGGAAGAAAUGGAGGAAGAAAUGGAGGAAGAAAUGGAGGAGGAAAUGGAGGAGGCGGCUUUGUUCCUGAUCGCUAGCUCUACCAGUUCCAAGAACGUUUCCCAGGGCCAGCAACAUGCCCUCCUGGGAGCGAGUGGAGUGUCUGGGAUUGGUAUUGAUUAA